UUUUUACUCGACUUUCUUUCUCAACAGCUGUGACUCGACAGCUGCGGUCUGACCCACAAGACUUGUUCCUCAAAGACACAGCAUGCUUAUGAGCUACAACAUAAGAUACAUUGCAAGGUGGACAAAAAGGCAAUUUCUACCCCUCUUCAUUUGUCUCCUGACCGCCAGCCUCAUCUACAGUUUACUGCCAUUAAUUGGUGAACAGCAUCUAAACAGCAGCAAUGCAUCAUUCACAAACAACAUCACCAUCCUGUUGUGGCAUUGGCCAUUCGGCAUGCGCUACAAUCUUACAGGAGACGUGUGUCUGAGGGACUACAACAUCUCUGGAUGCAUAUUAGUGGACAAUCAAACUCUAUAUGAGAGCGCUGAUCUGGUGGUCUUUCAUAAUUUUGAACUGAUGUUCCACAAACAGCAGCUUCCACUGCAUCUUUAUCGACCCGCCAAACAGAGGUGGGUUUGGCUUUCUUUAGAAGCUCCUCAAAACAAUGGAAAUCUGUCACCAUUCAAGAACAUUUUCAACCUGACCAUGUCGUAUCAUCCUGGAGCUGACAUUACUGUUCCCUAUGGGAAGCUAUUGUUGAGGACAAAUCCAGGAUUAGAUGUUAUCGUCCCAAAAAGUAAGAGGUACGAAGCCUGUUGGGUGAUUAGCAACUAUAAGAAAUGGCACAAAAGGAGCGAAGUGUUCCAGGAGCUGACCAAAAGCCUAAACGUGCAAUUGUAUGGGAGUUUUGGCCAAAAACCCCUCCCGAAAGAGGCGCUGCUCCCAACAAUCUCCCGGUGUUAUUUCUACCUAGCCUUUGAGAAUGUACAGUCUCCACAUUACAUCACAGAGAAGCUUUGGAGAAACGCUUUCCAGGCCAGGACGGUUCCUGUAGUGCUUGGACCACCUCGUACAGACUACGAAGCCGUCACACCUCCGAAAUCCUUCAUCCAUGUUGAUGAUUUUAAAUCCGUUAAGGCCCUGAGUGAGUAUCUGAGAGGCCUGAUUAAAGAUCCAGAGAAGUAUAAUGAAUAUUUUAGCUGGCAAAAGAAGUAUGUGGUUAAACUAUAUACAGACUGGAGGGAGAGACUGUGUAAUAUCUGUCCCAUUAAUGGACAAUUUCCAGCUCAAAAGGUUUAUGGGGAUUUAGGAGCUUGGUAAUGGGCAUCUGGUAUUUUAAGAGGACGUUCACAUUUAAUAUGAAAAUGUUUUUGUUUUGUAAAUGCGAGAUGCUGAGAAAUGUGAGAGCAGUGGAUUGAUUUAAAUGUUCAUGCAAAAUUGCACAAAAAAAAAAA